AUCACCUUGUACCCCCUCUGCCCCUCCCUUUUCUCCCCGCACCCAUUGCUUUCUCCCUCCCUGCCUUGAUUUCCCGCACCCCUGCCCUUGUUUCCUACCAUCCCUGCCCCUCGUUUCCCCUCUUUGUACGUUCACCCUCUUCCCUCCCUGCCCCUCCCUUCUCCCCCCCUGCCCUUUGCUUUCCCCUCGUUACGCUCCCUUCUCCCCAUCCCUGCUGCCCUCUUACCACCAUCAGCCCGUCCCUACCCACCACCAGCCCCCCUCCCACCCUUCUCCCCCCCCCCCUCUCCCUCUCUCUCCUCUCUCUCUCUCUCUUCUCUCCGCACACACACACCACACACACUCCCCUCCCCCACCCCCCACCCACAUCCUCCCGUUCUGCCCCUCCCUGCCCCUGUUCCACCCCCUCGCACGCCCCUCACCUCUCACCUCCGUUCAACUGGAUUCCCCCCCUCAUGGUGCAUCCCUUGCAUCGCUCGCCCCUCUGCUCACCCUCUUGCCCGCCCCUUUUCCUUGCCCUCAGCUGGCCAAGCCCCUGCCCGUUGCUGCCCACUCCCCUUUGCCCCCUCAACUUCCCCUGCCCCCACGUACACCCCACUCCCGUCCAACCGCCCCCACCCUCCCCCGCUGCCCGUUUCCCGCUCUCCACCCCCCGCGACCGUUGCGGCUUCCAACCGCCCAACGGUGUCACACCCCCUGCCCCUCAUGCCAUCCGCUCCCCCCGCCCCUACCCUCCGCGUGCCCGCUCCCUCGCCGCCUCUUUUGGACCCUCCCUGCCCCCCUCGCCGUUACCCACCGCUCGCCAUUCGCUCCUCCCCGCCCGUGCCCUCCCCUCGUUUACCUUCGCCUCCCCCCUCCCCUCCUCUGCUGCACGCCUCUUCCUUCCCCUCGCUAACCCACUCCACUCCCUGCCCCUCCUCAAUCCGCACCCUGCCCCUCGUUUCUCGCCCCCCUAUGCUUGGUUUCUCCCCCCCUGCCCUUUGCUUUCCCCUCGUUACGCUCCCUUCUCCCCAUCCCUGCUGCCCUCUUACCACCAUCAGCCCGUCCCCACCACCAGCCCCCCUCCCACCCUUCUCCCCCCCCCCCCUCUCCCUCUCUCUCUCUCUCUCUCUAUCUCUCUCACUCUCUCUCUCUCUCUCUCUCUUUCUCUCGCACACACACACACACACACACUCCCCUCCCCCACCCCCCACCCACAUCCUCCCGUUCUGCCCCUCCCUGCCCCUGUUCCACCCCCUCGCACGCCCCUCACCUCUCACCUCCGUUCAACUGGAUUCCCCCCCUCUGGUGCAUCCCUUGCAUCGCUCGCCCCUCUGCUCACCCUCUGCCCGCCCCUUUUCCUUGCCCUCAGCUGGCCCAGCCCCUGCCCGUUGCUGCCCCUCCCCUUGCCCCCUCAACUCCCCUGCCCCCCGUACACCCCACUCCCGUCCAACCGCCCCCACCCUCCCCCGGCUGCCCGUUUCCGCUCUCCACCCCCGCGACCGUGUGCGGCUUCCAACCGCCCAACGGUGUCACACCCCCUGCCCCCUCAUGCCAUCCGCUCCCCCCGCCCCUACCCUCCGCGUGCCCGCUCCCUCGCCGCCUCUUUUGACCCUCCCUGCCCCCCUCGCCGUUACCCACCGCUCGCCAUUCGCUCCUCCCCGCCCGUGCCCUCCCCUCGUUUACCUUCGCCUCCCCCCUCCCCUCCUCUGCUGCACGCCUCUUCCUUCCCCUCGCUAACCCACUCCACUCCCUGCCCCUCCUCAAUCCGCACCCUGCCCUCGUUUCUCGCCCCCCUACGCUUGGUUUCUCCCCUCCCUGCCCCUCGCCGCCUUUCUCCGCUCCCCACCUCCCCCCUCUCCCUGCCCCCCCCACUCUCCUCCACUUGCCCUUGGCUUCCCCACCUCCCUGCCCCACCUUUCCCCCCUCCGUGUGCUCAGCUUCUCCCCUCCCUGCCUCUCCCUCCUCCCCGCCCUGCCCCUCAUUUUCCGCCCCCCACGCCCGGUUUCUCCCCUCCCUGCACCUCCCUUUCUUUCUCCGUGCCUCUCCUUUGCUCCCUCCCUGCCCCCGCCUGCCCAUGCCCCUGUCUUUGGUUUCUCCCCUCCCUGCCCCACGUUUCUUCCCUCCCUGAGAUCACCUUGUACCCCCUCUGCCCCUCCCUUGUUCUCCCCGCACCCAUUGCUUCUCCCCUCCCUGCCCUUGAUUUCCCGCACCCCUGCCCUUGUUUCCUACCAUCCAUGCCCCUCGUUUCCCCUCUUUGUACGUUCACCCUCUUCCCUCCCUGCCCCUCCCUUCCUCCCCCCCUGCCCUUUGCUUUCCCCUCGUUACGCUCCCUUCUCCCCAUCCCUGCUGCCCUCUUACCACCAUCAGCCCCCCCUGCCCGUUGCUGCCCCUCCCCUUGCCCCCUCAACUCCCCUGCCCCCCGUACACCCCACUCCCGUCCAACCGCCCCCACCCUCCCCCGGCUGCCCGUUUCCGCUCUCCACCCCCGCGACCGUGUGCGGCUUCCAACCGCCCAACGGUGCUUCUCCCCUCCCUGCCUCUCCCUCCUCCCCGCCCUGCCCCUCAUUUUCCGCCCCCCCACGCCCGGUUUCUCCCCUCCCUGCACCUCCCUUUCUUUCUCCGUGCCUCUCCUUUGCUCCCUCCCUGCCCCCGCCUGCCCAUGCCCCUGUCUUUGGUUUCUCCCCUCCCUGCCCCACGUUUCUUCCCUCCCUGAGAUCACCUUGUACCCCCUCUGCCCCUCCCUUGUUCUCCCCGCACCCAUUGCUUCUCCCCUCCCUGCCCUUGAUUUCCCGCACCCCUGCCCUUGUUUCCUACCAUCCAUGCCCCUCGUUUCCCCUCUUUGUACGUUCACCCUCUUCCCUCCCUGCCCCUCCCUUCCUCCCCCCCUGCCCUUUGCUUUCCCCUCGUUACGCUCCCUUCUCCCCAUCCCUGCUGCCCUCUUACCACCAUCAGCCCGUCCCCACCACCAGCCCCCCUCCCACCCUUCUCCCCCCCCCCCCUCUCCCUCUCUCUCUCUCUCUCUCUCUCUUUCUCUCGCACACACACACACACACACACUCCCCUCCCCCACCCCCCACCCACAUCCUCCCGUUUCUCCCCUCCCUGCCCCUGUUCCACCCCCUCGCACGCCCCUCACCUCUCACCUCCGUUCAACUGGAUUCCCCCCCUCUGGUGCAUCCCUUGCAUCGCUCGCCCCUCUGCUCACCCUCUGCCCGCCCCUUUUCCUUGCCCUCAGCUGGCCCAGCCCCUGCCCGUUGCUGCCCCUCCCCUUGCCCCCUCAACUCCCCUGCCCCCCGUACACCCCACUCCCGUCCAACCGCCCCCACCCUCCCCCGGCUGCCCGUUUCCGCUCUCCACCCCCGCGACCGUGUGCGGCUUCCAACCGCCCAACGGUGUCACACCCCCUGCCCCCUCAUGCCAUCCGCUCCCCCCGCCCCUACCCUCCGCGUGCCCGCUCCCUCGCCGCCUCUUUUGACCCUCCCUGCCCCCCUCGCCGUUACCCACCGCUCGCCAUUCGCUCCUCCCCGCCCGUGCCCUCCCCUCGUUUACCUUCGCCUCCCCCCUCCCCUCCUCUGCUGCACGCCUCUUCCUUCCCCUCGCUAACCCACUCCACUCCCUGCCCCUCCUCAAUCCGCACCCUGCCCCUCGUUUCUCGCCCCCCUACGCUUGGUUUCUCCCCUCCCUGCCCCUCGCCGCCUUUCUCCGCUCCCCACCUCCCCCCUCUCCCUGCCCCCCCACUCUCCUCCACUUGCCCUUGGCUUCCCACCUCCCUGCCCCACCUUUCCCCCCUCCGUGUGCUCAGCUUCUCCCCUCCCUGCCUCUCCCUCCUCCCCGCCCUGCCCCUCAUUUUCCGCCCCCCCACGCCCGGUUUCUCCCCUCCCUGCACCUCCCUUUCUUUCUCCGUGCCUCUCCUUUGCUCCCUCCCUGCCCCCGCCUGCCCAUGCCCCUGUCUUUGGUUUCUCCCCUCCCUGCCCCACGUUUCUUCCCUCCCUGAGAUCACCUUGUACCCCCUCUGCCCCUCCCUUGUUCUCCCCGCACCCAUUGCUUCUCCCCUCCCUGCCCUUGAUUUCCCGCACCCCUGCCCUUGUUUCCUACCAUCCAUGCCCCUCGUUUCCCCUCUUUGUACGUUCACCCUCUUCCCUCCCUGCCCCUCCCUUCCUCCCCCCCUGCCCUUUGCUUUCCCCUCGUUACGCUCCCUUCUCCCCAUCCCUGCUGCCCUCUUACCACCAUCAGCCCGUCCCCACCACCAGCCCCCCUCCCACCCUUCUCCCCCCCCCCCCUCUCCCUCUCUCUCUCUCUCUCUCUCUCUUUCUCUCGCACACACACACACACACACACUCCCCUCCCCCACCCCCCACCCACAUCCUCCCGUUCUGCCCCUCCCUGCCCCUGUUCCACCCCCUCGCACGCCCCUCACCUCUCACCUCCGUUCAACUGGAUUCCCCCCCUCUGGUGCAUCCCUUGCAUCGCUCGCCCCUCUGCUCACCCUCUGCCCGCCCCUUUUCCUUGCCCUCAGCUGGCCCAGCCCCUGCCCGUUGCUGCCCCUCCCCUUGCCCCCUCAACUCCCCUGCCCCCCGUACACCCCACUCCCGUCCAACCGCCCCCACCCUCCCCCGGCUGCCCGUUUCCGCUCUCCACCCCCGCGACCGUGUGCGGCUUCCAACCGCCCAACGGUGUCACACCCCCUGCCCCCUCAUGCCAUCCGCUCCCCCCGCCCCUACCCUCCGCGUGCCCGCUCCCUCGCCGCCUCUUUUGACCCUCCCUGCCCCCCUCGCCGUUACCCACCGCUCGCCAUUCGCUCCUCCCCGCCCGUGCCCUCCCCUCGUUUACCUUCGCCUCCCCCCUCCCCUCCUCUGCUGCACGCCUCUUCCUUCCCCUCGCUAACCCACUCCACUCCCUGCCCCUCCUCAAUCCGCACCCUGCCCCUCGUUUCUCGCCCCCCUACGCUUGGUUUCUCCCCUCCCUGCCCCUCGCCGCCUUUCUCCGCUCCCCACCUCCCCCCUCUCCCUGCCCCCCCACUCUCCUCCACUUGCCCUUGGCUUCCCACCUCCCUGCCCCACCUUUCCCCCCUCCGUGUGCUCAGCUUCUCCCCUCCCUGCCUCUCCCUCCUCCCCGCCCUGCCCCUCAUUUUCCGCCCCCCCACGCCCGGUUUCUCCCCUCCCUGCACCUCCCUUUCUUUCUCCGUGCCUCUCCUUUGCUCCCUCCCUGCCCCCGCCUGCCCAUGCCCCUGUCUUUGGUUUCUCCCCUCCCUGCCCCACGUUUCUUCCCUCCCUGAGAUCACCUUGUACCCCCUCUGCCCCUCCCUUGUUCUCCCCGCACCCAUUGCUUCUCCCCUCCCUGCCCUUGAUUUCCCGCACCCCUGCCCUUGUUUCCUACCAUCCAUGCCCCUCGUUUCCCCUCUUUGUACGUUCACCCUCUUCCCUCCCUGCCCCUCCCUUCCUCCCCCCCUGCCCUUUGCUUUCCCCUCGUUACGCUCCCUUCUCCCCAUCCCUGCUGCCCUCUUACCACCAUCAGCCCGUCCCCACCACCAGCCCCCCUCCCACCCUUCUCCCCCCCCCCCCUCUCCCUCUCUCUCUCUCUCUCUCUCUCUCUCUUUCUCUCGCACACACACACACACACACACUCCCCUCCCCCACCCCCCACCCACAUCCUCCCGUUCUGCCCCUCCCUGCCCCUGUUCCACCCCCUCGCACGCCCCUCACCUCUCACCUCCGUUCAACUGGAUUCCCCCCCUCUGCCCCUGCCCGUUGCUGCCCCUCCCCUUGCCCCCUCAACUCCCCUGCCCCCCGUACACCCCACUCCCGUCCAACCGCCCCCACCCUCCCCCGGCUGCCCGUUUCCGCUCUCCACCCCCGCGACCGUGUGCGGCUUCCAACCGCCCAACGGUGUCACACCCCCUGCCCCCUCAUGCCAUCCGCUCCCCCCGCCCCUACCCUCCGCGUGCCCGCUCCCUCGCCGCCUCUUUUGACCCUCCCUGCCCCCCUCGCCGUUACCCACCGCUCGCCAUUCGCUCCUCCCCGCCCGUGCCCUCCCCUCGUUUACCUUCGCCUCCCCCCUCCCCUCCUCUGCUGCACGCCUCUUCCUUCCCCUCGCUAACCCACUCCACUCCCUGCCCCUCCUCAAUCCGCACCCUGCCCCUCGUUUCUCGCCCCCCUACGCUUGGUUUCUCCCCUCCCUGCCCCUCGCCGCCUUUCUCCGCUCCCCACCUCCCCCCUCUCCCUGCCCCCCCACUCUCCUCCACUUGCCCUUGGCUUCCCACCUCCCUGCCCCACCUUUCCCCCCUCCGUGUGCUCAGCUUCUCCCCUCCCUGCCUCUCCCUCCUCCCCGCCCUGCCCCUCAUUUUCCGCCCCCCCCACGCCCGGUUUCUCCCCUCCCUGCACCUCCCUUUCUUCUCCGUGCCUCUCCUUUGCUCCCUCCCUGCCCCCGCCUGCCCAUGCCCCUGUCUUUGGUUUCUCCCCUCCCUGCCCCACGUUUCUUCCCUCCCUGAGAUCACCUUGUACCCCCUCUGCCCCUCCCUUGUUCUCCCCGCACCCAUUGCUUCUCCCCUCCCUGCCCUUGAUUUCCCGCACCCCUGCCCUUGUUUCCUACCAUCCAUGCCCCUCGUUUCCCCUCUUUGUACGUUCACCCUCUUCCCUCCCUGCCCCUCCCUUCCUCCCCCCCUGCCCUUUGCUUUCCCCUCCCCCUGCCCGUUGCUGCCCCUCCCCUUGCCCCCUCAACUCCCCUGCCCCCCGUACACCCCACUCCCGUCCAACCGCCCCCACCCUCCCCCGGCUGCCCGUUUCCGCUCUCCACCCCCGCGACCGUGUGCGGCUUCCAACCGCCCAACGGUGUCACACCCCCUGCCCCCUCAUGCCAUCCGCUCCCCCCGCCCCUACCCUCCGCGUGCCCGCUCCCUCGCCGCCUCUUUUGACCCUCCCUGCCCCCCUCGCCGUUACCCACCGCUCGCCAUUCGCUCCUCCCCGCCCGUGCCCUCCCCUCGUUUACCUUCGCCUCCCCCCUCCCCUCCUCUGCUGCACGCCUCUUCCUUCCCCUCGCUAACCCACUCCACUCCCUGCCCCUCCUCAAUCCGCACCCUGCCCCUCGUUUCUCGCCCCCCUACGCUUGGUUUCUCCCCUCCCUGCCCCUCGCCGCCUUUCUCCGCUCCCCACCUCCCCCCUCUCCCUGCCCCCCCACUCUCCUCCACUUGCCCUUGGCUUCCCACCUCCCUGCCCCACCUUUCCCCCCUCCGUGUGCUCAGCUUCUCCCCUCCCUGCCUCUCCCUCCUCCCCGCCCUGCCCCUCAUUUUCCGCCCCCCCACGCCCGGUUUCUCCCCUCCCUGCACCUCCCUUUCUUUCUCCGUGCCUCUCCUUUGCUCCCUCCCUGCCCCCGCCUGCCCAUGCCCCUGUCUUUGGUUUCUCCCCUCCCUGCCCCACGUUUCUUCCCUCCCUGAGAUCACCUUGUACCCCCUCUGCCCCUCCCUUGUUCUCCCCGCACCCAUUGCUUCUCCCCUCCCUGCCCUUGAUUUCCCGCACCCCUGCCCUUGUUUCCUACCAUCCAUGCCCCUCGUUUCCCCUCUUUGUACGUUCACCCUCUUCCCUCCCUGCCCCUCCCUUCCUCCCCCCCUGCCCUUUGCUUUCCCCUCCCCCUGCCCGUUGCUGCCCCUCCCCUUGCCCCCUCAACUCCCCUGCCCCCCGUACACCCCACUCCCGUCCAACCGCCCCCACCCUCCCCCGGCUGCCCGUUUCCGCUCUCCACCCCCGCGACCGUGUGCGGCUUCCAACCGCCCAACGGUGUCACACCCCCUGCCCCCUCAUGCCAUCCGCUCCCCCCGCCCCUACCCUCCGCGUGCCCGCUCCCUCGCCGCCUCUUUUGACCCUCCCUGCCCCCCUCGCCGUUACCCACCGCUCGCCAUUCGCUCCUCCCCGCCCGUGCCCUCCCCUCGUUUACCUUCGCCUCCCCCCUCCCCUCCUCUGCUGCACGCCUCUUCCUUCCCCUCGCUAACCCACUCCACUCCCUGCCCCUCCUCAAUCCGCACCCUGCCCCUCGUUUCUCGCCCCCCUACGCUUGGUUUCUCCCCUCCCUGCCCCUCGCCGCCUUUCUCCGCUCCCCACCUCCCCCCUCUCCCUGCCCCCCCACUCUCCUCCACUUGCCCUUGGCUUCCCACCUCCCUGCCCCACCUUUCCCCCCUCCGUGUGCUCAGCUUCUCCCCUCCCUGCCUCUCCCUCCUCCCCGCCCUGCCCCUCAUUUUCCGCCCCCCCCCGCCCGGUUUCUCCCCUCCCUGCACCUCCCUUUCUUUCUCCGUGCCUCUCCUUUGCUCCCUCCCUGCCCCCGCCUGCCCAUGCCCCUGUCUUUGGUUUCUCCCCUCCCUGCCCCACGUUUCUUCCCUCCCUGAGAUCACCUUGUACCCCCUCUGCCCCUCCCUUGUUCUCCCCGCACCCAUUGCUUCUCCCCUCCCUGCCCUUGAUUUCCCGCACCCCUGCCCUUGUUUCCUACCAUCCAUGCCCCUCGUUUCCCCUCUUUGUACGUUCACCCUCUUCCCUCCCUGCCCCUCCCUUCCUCCCCCCCUGCCCUUUGCUUUCCCCUCGUUACGCUCCCUUCUCCCCAUCCCUGCUGCCCUCUUACCACCAUCAGCCCGUCCCCACCACCAGCCCCCCUCCCACCCUUCUCCCCCCCCCCCCUCUCCCUCUCUCUCUCUCUCUCUCUCUCUCUCUUUCUCUCGCACACACACACACACACACACUCCCCUCCCCCACCCCCCACCCACAUCCUCCCGUUCUGCCCCUCCCUGCCCCUGUUCCACCCCCUCGCACGCCCCUCACCUCUCACCUCCGUUCAACUGGAUUCCCCCCCUCUGCCCCUGCCCGUUGCUGCCCCUCCCCUUGCCCCCUCAACUCCCCUGCCCCCCGUACACCCCACUCCCGUCCAACCGCCCCCACCCUCCCCCGGCUGCCCGUUUCCGCUCUCCACCCCCGCGACCGUGUGCGGCUUCCAACCGCCCAACGGUGUCACACCCCCUGCCCCCUCAUGCCAUCCGCUCCCCCCGCCCCUACCCUCCGCGUGCCCGCUCCCUCGCCGCCUCUUUUGACCCUCCCUGCCCCCCUCGCCGUUACCCACCGCUCGCCAUUCGCUCCUCCCCGCCCGUGCCCUCCCCUCGUUUACCUUCGCCUCCCCCCUCCCCUCCUCUGCUGCACGCCUCUUCCUUCCCCUCGCUAACCCACUCCACUCCCUGCCCCUCCUCAAUCCGCACCCUGCCCCUCGUUUCUCGCCCCCCUAUGCUUGGUUUCUCCCCCCCUGCCCUUUGCUUUCCCCUCGUUACGCUCCCUUCUCCCCAUCCCUGCUGCCCUCUUACCACCAUCAGCCCCCCCUGCCCGUUGCUGCCCCUCCCCUUGCCCCCUCAACUCCCCUGCCCCCCGUACACCCCACUCCCGUCCAACCGCCCCCACCCUCCCCCGGCUGCCCGUUUCCGCUCUCCACCCCCGCGACCGUGUGCGGCUUCCAACCGCCCAACGGUGGUGCGCACGGGGCGUUUCUUCGCGCGGGCAAGCCUCCCCGGGGGCCCCCCACCCCGCUGA